UUAAACUCCCUGGCGGUAUUCCCGAGUGUAGCUCGGGGUAAAGUUUCGGCACCACAAGCGGUAACCCCGAGCUACACUCGGGAAUACCAUGCAGCGUUACUCCGGGAUCCCUUCUUCACUUACCUUGUCCUUCGCUCCCGCGAUGUCCCUCCUGCAGUGUCCGCUGUAAUGUCCUCCGGCGGAUGCCGGCAUCUGUCUUCUGGGUUCCGUUCCCUGCGACGUCGGGACGGACGUCGGCGGCAAAUUUGAAAUUUUUUAAAAAUUUCAUUUUUUAAAAAAAUGAUUAUUAUAUAGUAAAACAUUGCUGUUUCAAUGCAUUUCACAUAUAU